AUGGAAACAUUAUUAGCAUUUAAAGUUAAAGGUGGUGUAUUAUGUUUAGCAGAUUCAUCAGUUAAUCAUUCAAUUGUAAAGAUGAAAGAUGAUGAAGAUAAAAUUUUAGAAAUUGAUGGACACAAAUUAUUAUUAUCAGCAGGUGAAGCAGGUGAUCGUGUUCAAUUCACUGAAUAUAUAUCAAAGAAUAUCAAAUUAUACUCCCUUCGUAAUAGUUAUCCAAUGUCAACACCAGCAGCAGCAAAUUUUAUUCGUAAUGAAUUAGCAACAUCCAUCAGAAGUCAUCCAUACUCAAUCAAUUUAAUUUUGGCUGGUUAUGACAAAGAAGUUGAAGAUGGUGGUACAUCCCUCUAUUACAUGGAUUAUUUAGGAUCAUUACAAAAGUUAAAUUUCGGUUGUCACGGUUAUGCAAGUUACUUUUUAUUGGGUUUAUUAGAUCGUCAUCAUAAAUGUGAUCUUUCCCUUGAAGAUGGUAUCAAUUUAAUGCAUUUAUGUACUACUGAAUUAAAAACUCGUUUCUUAGUCUCUGGAAAAUAUACCCUUAAAUUUGUUUCUUCUGAAGGUAUUAAAGUUUUACCAUUUAAUGCUCCACAAUAA